AUGGAAGCAGAAGCUUCUCCGCCCCUUGGGUCGCCCCCAUGCUGCCUGUCGUUCCGGAGGCCGGGCAUCUACGAGGAUGAGAAUGGAAGGACCUGGGUGACUGUGGCCUUGCGGAUCAGUCCCUCCCACAGAGCUUGGGGCAGGGGCUCCCCUGGCAGCACGCAUGAAAUCAGCAUCACAGUCCACAUGUGGCAGAUGCCAGUGCACCCCCAGACGCCCAGGUCCCCCAGCCAUCUGCUCGUGUUUGGGCUGCCCCCCAAGUGGGAGCUCUACCCCAGGCGAAGGUACCAAGCAACGGAUUUGAGACUCUGGGAAAUAGUGGACCAUGGCCAGAUCAACUCCAUGGAGCAGCUGAUCCUAAAACGUCUGCCAAGUGGGAGCUGCUGA